UUGGCCGGAGUUUUUCACCAAUUUUUGGGAACUUUGACAUAAAUGCAUACGUUAAACACCAUCAAGAUCAACCUUAAAGCCUGCCUCCAACUAGAUUCUUCCUUGCACUUAAAGUUAACCCCCCAUCCUCCAUAUUAUAUGUAGCCAUUUUCACCCCUUUUUAACACACAUACACCCACACACAGGGAUCGGAUAGAUAUCUCCUUCAUUUCAGCCCUUUUCUCUCUGCAAAUCCAAAUGAAGAGAAAAUGGGAAGACCCACAAGGAGAAACCUUCAAUUCUCCCACUGAUAUUGAGCUCCAGCUCGAGACUCCAUUACCUUUGGAGUGGCAACGAUGUCUGGAUAUUCAGUCAGGACAGAUAUAUUUCUAUAAUACCAAGACACAAAAGAGAACCUCAAUGGAUCCAAGAAGGAAAUGGGAGGGUCCCAACAGUCUUGGAGGUGAGCCCUUGAGCUUGGACCUUGAGCUCAAUCUGAAUUGCCAAUCUAUCAGACACGGUGGUCAGACAAAGAAGAAGAGCGAUGGGAUUAUGGGUGGUGGGUUGGGGAAGGGUUUGAAACAAGGAAAUGGGUGUCCUCCAUGGCUAAGAUUUGAAGGAGGGCAGCAGCAAGAGAUGGAGGCCAGAGUUUGCAUGCAGUGUCACUUAUUGGUUAUGCUUUUGAAGUCCUCACCCACAUGCCCCAAUUGCAAAUUCAUACACCCAAUAACAGACCUGCAAAGCCCUCCAACUACAACCUUCUUUAUACCAAAUUCUCUACCUACUAAGAGUAAUCAAACCCACUCCUUAAAGAGUUUCUUCCCAAACCCUAUUCAAAAUCAAGUCUAAUUGUGUUUUAUUUAUUGAGAUUUAGUGUUUAUAUAGUGAGUUAUCAGGGAUGGUUAGAGGCAACCCUUUGUUUUUGGGAAUAUAUGUAAAUUAUAUGAGAAAGAAUCAUUUACAUAUCCAUGCAUGUUAUUGC